AUAAACAGACAGGGAACAUGCCAAAAAGCUGCUGCUUGUAGGAAGGUAGCCCAGGAGGCAGAUCAUGGCAGAACUAAGUGCAGGCUCUUGGGUCUUGUGGCCACUUUUUAUUAUGCUCUGUGUGUCCCUGUGUGCUGCUGGCUGCCCCUGUACAGACCCCAGGCUCUGUGAGCCAAUCACCGACAGCCGGGAUUUUGAGGUUCUCGUGUUCUACACAAAAGGAAAAAACUGGAAGUUCUAUGACUGGUCUCAGGUUACCACCAUCGCAUUGUUUGGGAAGUAUGACCCAGAACUUCUGUGUUUUGCACAUUCAAAGGGAGCAAGGCUUGUAUUAAAAGGCGAUGUUCCACUCCCAUACAUCGUGGAUCUAAAAAACAGAACAUCUUGGAUAACACAGAAGGUGGAGUUGGCAAAGAGUCAGUUUAUGGACGGAAUUAAUCUGGAUAUAGAGCAGUCAGUGUUAAAAGGUUCGCCAGAGUAUUAUGCAUUAACUGCUCUAGUGGAAGAAACUACUGAGGCUUUCCACAGAGAAAUCCCUGGCUCUCAGGUAACUUUUGAUGUGGCAUGGUCUCCCGACUGUGUGGAUGAAAGGUGCUACAAUUACACAGGGAUAGCGGAAUCAUGUGAUUUCCUUUUCGUUAUGUCCUAUGACGAGCAAUCACAGAUAUGGACAGAGUGUGUGGCAUCAGCCAAUUCUCCUCUCAAUAAAACAUUAUCAGGUUAUCAGAAGUUCACUCAACUGGACAUUGAUCCCAAGAAGCUGGUAAUGGGUGUCCCUUGGUAUGGUUACGACUACCCGUGUCUGGACUUAGAGGAUAAUAAUUGUACUCUUAAGGAGGUCCCUUUUCGGGGAGCACCUUGCAGUGAUGCAGCAGGGAAGCAGAUCCCAUACAGUAAGAUCACGAAGCAGGUCAACAGUUCUCUGACUGGAAGGCUAUGGGAUGAUGUACAGAAAUCUCCUUUUUAUAAUUACAAGGAUGCAAAGGGGCAGUUCCAUCAAGUUUGGUAUGAUGAUCCAGUGAGCAUCUCCCUGAAAUCUGCGUACAUCAAGAAACUUGGAUUAAGAGGCAUAGGCAUGUGGAACGGAGAUCUACUAGAUUACUCACAGGAUCCGAUAGCUGAGACUCAAACUAAAGACAUGUGGAAUGCCUUAAAGGGGGUGGGGCUCUUGUAAAUUAAGAAAUUACUAAUAUGGAGAAUCGGGCCAUAAAAAUAUACUUAAUAAAAAAUAGUUUUUAUA